CCCUCUCUUCUCUCCUUCGUGGAUCGUGCGGUCAGUGCCCUUCUCUCCCCCCCGGUGCCUCUCUCUUGGGAUGUGACUAGUGAUGUGUAACCUACAGAAUGCCCAGCAGUACUGGAAAAAGCUUUAAACCUACCAAAUACAUCCCAGUCUCCACUGCAGCCGCCUUACUAGUUGGAUCUACCACUUUGUUUUUUGUUUUCACGUGUCCCUGGUUAACCAGAGAAAUAUCUCCGGCCAUCCCUGUAUACAAUGGACUCGUGUUCCUGUUCGUCCUGGCAAACUUCAGCAUGGCCACUUUUAUGGAUCCCGGCAUCUUCCCAAGAGCUGAUGAAGAUGAAGACAAGGACGACGAUUUCCGAGCUCCACUCUACAAGAAUGUGGAGAUCAAAAGAAUACAAGUACGGAUGAAAUGGUGCGCCACUUGCCACUUCUACAGGCCGCCUCGUUGCUCCCACUGCAGCGUUUGUGACAACUGUGUGGAGGAUUUUGACCAUCACUGUCCUUGGGUGAAUAACUGCAUUGGGCGCCGAAAUUAUCGCUAUUUUUUCCUUUUUUUGCUGUCCCUGAGCACCCAUAUGGUUGGGGUUUUCACCUUUGGUCUGAUAUUUGUUUUACACCAUUUGGAGGUGCUGGGAGAGGCUCACACCAGCAUCACAAUAGCAGUGAUGUGCGUAACUGGCCUCUUCUUUAUUCCUGUGAUUGGUCUCACGGGUUUCCAUAUUGUCCUCGUAGUACGAGGUCGUACCACAAAUGAACAGGUGACAGGGAAGUUUCGUGGAGGAGUGAACCCAUUCACUAGGGGGUGCUGUGGGAAUAUACAGCAUGUACUUUGUAGUCCUUUGUCCCCCAGGUAUAUAGUUGAUCCAAAGAAAAGGCCUACAGUAGCUUUAAAGCCUCCUUUUAUCAGGCCUGAUGUGCUGUCUGAGAGGCAGAUAACAGUCAAGAUUAGUGACAAUGGGAUCCAGGCCAAUCUGCAUCGCUCUAAGUCAAAGGGAAGCCUGGAAGGUAUUAAUGACAAGUCCUUGGAACUCCUGACAAUGCUGCCAAAAGGAGACCCCAACAAAUACUCGGACAUGAAGGGGUCUGUGGUAACCAGUGAAGAAUGCAGUUUGUCUCCAAAAAUUAUAAAUCCAGCAACUCCAGCAAUGUACAAGUUCCGACCGCCUUUCAGCACCAACUCCAAAGUGCACUACCAUACGGCAACCGAGCAGAUUGCAGUUCAGGAAGGUCUAAAAGACAAUGUGUUCCUGCAAGAUGAUUGUCGGAGUGCUGAUUACCAGUCAGAGCCGAAUUUGGACAUCUCGGAGUACCGUAAGAACUCUCUUCACAAAUCCUAUCAGUCCUCACCUCUGCAGAUUGACACCUUUACUGCAAACUCACGAUCCCUGAGCCUGAAGAACUCAGGCCGUCGUGAAUCUGAAAAAUUACCUUUACAGCUGGUAAAGUCAGAAGGUGGUACCAUAACACCAUACAAGAGUGUCUUUUCUCCAAAUGCUUUGUCAAAUCGCAAUGGAAGCCUAUCUUAUGACAGCUUACUCAACCCCAUGUCUCCAGCAGCUAAAUGCACUACACACACUGCUGCAGGUUCUGUGGGUUACCACUCCCCAUAUAUGUCUGCCAAGAUGUGCCAUUUGCGGGGUGGAGAGCGGCAGGUGGCACACGGAUUUAGCCCCGUGCUAAGCAGAGCAGCUGAGCAUCAGCGAGAACCUUCUCCUGUUCGUUAUGACAACCUCUCUAAAUCCAUCAUGGCUUCAAUUCAGGAGAGGAAGGAGAUGGAAGAACGGGAGAAGCUGUUGCACUCUCAUACGGAUUCUGUUUUUGCAGACUCUGGGGUCUAUGAUACUCCAAGCACAUACAGCCUGCAGCAGGUCAGCUCACUUUCUGAGAACCCCCAUCCAGGACGGUAUGGGUCAAAAGACAAUCUGCUGGCUGGACCUCCCAGCUUCAGCUCCAGGAACCCUGUACUUCAGUCCUCUGUAUCAUCACUUUCAAGUGCAGUUUCCCGAGCCCCUAGGACUUCCACCACCUCCUUGCAGGCUGACCUGGUUAAUAACAAUAUCCAGAGUCACCAACCCUUGCAAGCUAGAGUGAGCAAUGGCUCUUAUAAGUCCCCUGGUCACCAGGCUCCUUCAUCACCUUCUGGUAUACCCAGAUCACCUUCUUAUGGGGCAGCAAAAGCUGUUACAUUUCUCAACACUAUGGAGUUUGGGGAAGGGACUUCUAUGCCAAUUCAGAGGGAGGAUUUGCAGGUGAAACCACCUCACGGUAAGGUAAAUGGACAACCAAAGGGUUUAACAAGGGCUGAAUGUCGACUUGGAUCCACUUCUAGCUCCCAAGGCACCACAGUAAGCCCCUCCAGACAUUCAAAUGUUAAGAAGGUCUCUGGUGUGGGAGGCACAACAUAUGAGAUAUCGGUGUGAGAGAUACCUUGAGCACCGUGAGGACUGCAGGCAAUGAAGCAACAUAAAAAACAAAUAGCAUUCUGCUGGCCCCUUUGGUUAGCAUGCUGAAACAUUGGUAACACAGGAACUCUAUGGUCGGAUGUGCAAGAGGAUAGUUACACACACACACAAAUAUUAAGCCAUUGUACGUGUGUCUGUCCAAACUACAAAGACAUUAUUUUUAAAAAAAAAAGUUGUGACGUGAGAGCACUGGAACAGCUCUUUUAUUAUUUUUUUUUAAUUCAGUUUCAUUUUGGUUGGGAAAUUGCAGUGUGUGCGUGUAAGGGAUGGGCACCAUGGACGCAUCGCAUACUGGAGAAAGAAAUGGGCAGGAGCUUUGGUUCAAGUUAAAAGAAGAGGAAAGUUGCCACCUUUUGUCACAAUCCCAGCCCUGGAUUUGCCCUCCCUGUGUGGAAUUUGUAUGUUGCUCCUUCCUAACUUUGUGCAGUGUGAGAUUUAUCCCCCCAUUUAUUUUGCGUGCAUGUGUAUUUGCCAGAUAAAACCUAGAAGGAUUACAGCUGUGUCUAAAAGUGACUGCCAUUGUUUGCUCCUGAAAGUGCCUACAGUAGCAAUGUGCAACCUCUGGCCCUCUGGAAGUUGUCAAAUUACGACUCUCUGCUUCCUGCCAGCAUUUAAAAGCUGGGAGUUGGUGCAAUGGAAUUUUGAGGGUUGCAGGUUCCUCAUACCUGUCCUACCACACAUAACAAAGAAUCACAUUGUGGUUAUCUCAGGAGAGAAUAAACCCUUCUAGAAGGGACACCUGUAAUAAUAAUAUAGCCAAGGAAAUCUGUUCAGAUCAUUGUAGAUCAGGUGUUCUCCCAAGCAACUCCCAUCAUCCUUCAGCAGCUGGUAGGAUAUCCCUGAUAAAGAGAAUGCUUUGCCUGCAUUUUGAUAAGCAUAUUUAAUGCUUUACCACAGAUAAGAGUCAGGACAGUAACUGCAGUAAAGCCACUUAUAUUCCUCUGUUUGUGGGACAAUAUAUUUUUUCAAUUUUACAUUUCAUCAUUUUUUACAUGACAUUUUUAUAUAUUCAUUUCUGCAUAUACUGAAGGCUGCAUUUGGCUGUCAAGUGAAACCAUCGCUCAGUAUAAAGGGUAUAUUGGGAUCCUGGUUUUACGAAAUGAUCUCAAAUCAGGAUCCAAACGUGAGGCCUGUGCAACACUGUGCAUGGGGGAGAUAAUAGAUUGUUGUUGCAUCUGUUUUAGGCAAUUACAGGAAGCAGCUGCUUAUUUUGCAGUGUCACAUUAGGUUUUAUAUCCGUUUGCAAUGGUUUUACCAUUUUGAGCUGCUGAAAUCCCAUGUCUACAACAUGGAGUUUUCAAACAAGUCUCAUGGGAUACUGGAUUAUCAUACGAUUCCCAUUGACUGGCCAUGGCAGGCACUUUCUCUUGUUUUGAGAAUGUGUGUGAUUAAAAUGUCUGCAAAUUGCUAAAAUGAUCAUAAGCCAAAGUUAUAAACCAUUGCAACAUUAUAUUUUUUUUUUUUUGCUCCAGACGGAACUGCCAUUAAAUGAACCUCCAGACUUGGUAAGGAUACAAAACUAAAACCAGAUAUGUAAAAAGACUACCGGUAAUUUUAUAAGUAAAAUGGAAACCAAAUCCUGAAAUGCCCUGCAUUUGUGCCGAGUGUGACCAUUCUGUAGUAUGCAAUUCUGUACCAAACAUCUGUUUGAUAUGAUGUGGGCAGUAAAAUCAUUGGGAUAUCCAAGUGACUUACAGGUGUACAAUAUAUUAUGUAUGUAUAGCUAACAAAUAGGGGUAGGCCACACUAAACACAAGAAACCUGCAGUAAGGUCCUGGGACAGGGUAAAACUGAGGAGUGCAGUGCAACAGAUUUUCUGGUUAUACAAAUGACUUUAUAAUGGGGUCAGAAAUGUUAAUACUAUUUAAACUGCUGCUGUGUCUUUAAUGAAAGUGUAAUCAAUAUUGCAUAGCACUCAAAGUAGUGUCUGCUCUGCGAAUAUGUCCUGUUCUAUGUUACAUGAAUAGGCAAAUGUGGUUGGUAAAUGCAAUGUGAGAAAUAAGAGAUUGUUUUGUAUGUAGAACUUUCAGGCAGGUUGUGUAACCCCUUCAUAGCUAGGAAUUCAGUGGAGGGUGGUCUAUGCCCCUACAACAAAAAAAUAAAUGUUACUGCUUUAGAUUUUAUGUUUUUCAAAUUUCUAAUACCUGUUGAGAUUGAGCUGCUCACUGUGGCAACUUUUUCCUUUGCUUUCCCCCUUGUAAGUGAUAGAAUAUCUGUUUUAUUUACAUUCAUUAUUUUUCCAGUCUGUUCUACUCUGCAUCUGGAGCCACUGGUGCUGGGAUUGUUUCCAGCUAUGAUCGUAGGGAUCACCCAGUCCAUGUUAUCUGUAUGUUACCUUUAUGGGGUCAUAUAGACCUGGCAGGAGUGUAUGGUGUACACAAACCCUGCAAAAGAAAUGUAUGCUUUCAUAGUUGCUGCACCUCCUUUCCUCUGCGGAUUUCUAACUGCACAGUGUGAGAAGAAAUGGCAGUCGUUCCUAUGAAAGAUUUAAGCAAAUGCAUUGCCCAAGAAGUAUCAUUCCUCAGUGCAGAUCCAAAAGGCCCCCAAACACGGGCCGAUAAAAGCCCUAGGGCCCACGAUCGUAUCAGCCCGACAUCGCCCACUUUAAUGUGGGCAUUAUUGUACUAAAAUUAAUUUGUGCUAGCGGCACAUGUAUCCUUUAAUAUCUUGGAAUUUAAAAAAAAUUAAAUAAUGAAAGUAUGAAUGGCACCUUCAUCAAUUUUACAUUUUUAUGGUUUUACUUUAACCCAUUUACUGUAUUGGCCGUUGAGAGUGCAAGCUCCAGUGCAAUUGUUUGAUGCAGAUUGCCCUCGGAGAUACAGAGGUGAUCACUUCCAACAUGACCCUUUUCUGUUUCCAAAUCUGUUUCACUAUAGAGCAAGGUAAAAAAACAAUUCCAUAAAACUUCAUCUACGAUUGUGUAUUGGUUAACUGAGCACAAUACAUUUAAAAAAAAAACUAGCAUUGUCAUUAAGUCCUUAGAGCAGGGAUACACAGGGGUUCUCUCUAUAGCAGCAACUUUCCCUUCCUUAGGAUCAAAUGACAAACAACCCUAGCUUAUUGUUCAUGUAAAUGAGAACAUAUGGCUUAUCAAGGACAUACAUUUCAUGUGAGCUGAAAUCUUAAUGGUUUCAAUUGAUAGUAAGGCCUAUGGCACACACAUGCGCUUGAUGCCCUUCUGUGUCACCAUGCCAGCUGAAGGAUUAUGUAAUAAAAGGCACUACGUUUGCCCAGUAACACAUAGCAACCAAUCAGCAGGUAGAAAUUACUGGUCACCUGUUUAAAAGCCAACACCUUAUUGGUUGAUAUAGGUUACUGCUAUUGGGCAAACCUUGCACAUUUUAUUACAUGUGGGGGUAAUAAUAAGCGCAUAUGUUUGUUUGUGUCUCAGCACAUCGCACUGCACAGCAGGCUUCACAGUACGGGGGACAGCAGGGCAGUAAAGGAAAACUAAAUUGUAUAAUGUGAACACUCCAGAUGGUGGUUUUUAAAACCUUCUUUUCUGCCCUGUUUUUUUUUUCUAAGUUAUGUGUAUGUGUAAAUAGGAAUUUGCAUGGUGUAAUUUAACUGUUCAAGCAAAAUAUUUAUUUUUUUCUCCCCUCUUGUAUAAGAGCAGAAGGCUUAUUUGUUUUCCAGUACUUGUAAUUUACCCAAAAUGUAACUUUUCUUCCUGUAUUUUUUUUUCUUUUAAAUUUAUAAUGUUCUGUGUAUAUUUUUCAGUUAUUCCCACCAAUAAAUAGUUUUUUUUU